GAAUCCCCUUGGAGGAAAUGUAGGCAAAGACGCGCAAGGGGCCCCUCUCUCGCCCGUGUCCACCGUUCAGGAGUCAUCCGUUUGAAUUCUUUAGGCAAUAAUAACAAGUCCUCGGCGUCAGCAUGAAAGUCUCCAGCAUAGACUGCCGGCGUCUGAGGAAGAUCAUCAGGAAGGAGUGCGGGAGCUGCCUUAUUGUGGACUGCCGACCUUACUUCUCAUUCACGAACUCCAAUAUCAGAGGCUCCGUCAAUGUCAAUCUUAACUCGGUGGUUGUCCGGAGGUCUAGAGGAGGGCCGGUGCCUCUGCAGUUUGUCAUCCCGGACGAGCGAGCCCUGUUUCGCCUUCGGGAGGGGAGCAUAUCGGCCAUCAUAGCUCUGGAUGACCGGACGUCCCACUGGCAAAAACUAAAAAAGGACAGUGUAGCACAAAUAGUAAUAAACACCCUGUCGCAUCUAUCAAGCGGAGCAAACAUCUGUUUCCUGAAAGGAGGAUACGAGAACUUCCACUCUCAGUACCCUGAACUUUGCACUGAGGUGAAAACCAUCGACCAGAGCGGAACUGAAACCGAGAAAAGAGUCAACCCCCACAGCGAGAAGCUUUCUCACCACAAACCAGAUUAUGAUCAAGGUAAACCUGUGGAGAUCCUGCCUUUCCUCUAUCUCGGUAGUGCCUACCACGCCUCCAGACAGGACUAUCUCGGCGACCUUCACAUAACGGCCUUGCUCAACGUGUCACGCAGGGAUCUGCAGCCGACCAAGGGCCACUAUGACUACAAGUGGAUCCCGGUGGAGGACAGCCACAUGGCCGACAUCAGCUCCCACUUCCAGGAGGCCAUAGAGUUUAUUGAUCAUGUGAAGCAAUCUGGGGGGAAAGUCCUGGUCCACUGCGAAGCAGGCAUCUCUCGCUCACCCACCAUCUGCAUGGCCUACAUCAUGAGGACACAGCAGCUGCGGCUGGACGCAGCCUUUGACAUCAUCAAGCAGCGCCGCGCAGUCAUCUCACCCAACUUCAGUUUCAUGGGUCAGCUGCUGCAGUUUGAGUCAGAGAUCCUCUCCAUGGCUCCGGCUCAUGCUUCCACACCUGAACCAGCCACACCCUGCGCCCCGGAGUCUGCCUCCUUUUUUGCCAACGACUUUGCCACCACCUUCAACACCAAAAACUUCGAGCCAUCUGUGAUCACCCUCCCUACCUCUUAUCUGCAGUCCCCAGUCCACCACCAGUUCAAACUGAGCCCAAUAACUGCACUGCCUUAAAAUGAACUGUGACUGCUUGUAGUCUUACUUGAAAAAUAAAAAAUUAAUGCUCUCUGUGUGCCUGGUGUUGAAACCAGCAGAGCAGAUAGACUGGAGAUCAGCAACAUUAACAGAGAAGAGUCAAGAUAAUAGUGUUCUGUUCAUGGGAUUGAGACCUAUGAAAUGAAUGGGCUACAACAGGCAUUAAUGCUUUUUUCCUGGCUUCUGAACUGCAGAGAUGAAACAACACAGCACAGCGAUAAACUGCAAUAUACAUGCCUUAGGUUGAUAUUGUGAUUUAUUUGCCUAUUCACAAAUAAAGUCAUGCAUUUAAACCUAAUUUAUUUGAAAAUUACAGUCUGUCUGAUUUUUCAAUAAUGUGGAUGUUAAUAUGUGUUUAAUAAAUGUUUUCACCACAAAAAUAAAGUUGUCAUAUUAUCAUUGUAGCAUUGUUGGUGGAUCUGUAACUGAAAAGUCAAAUGGGAUUGUAAGUGGACUUUUUCCACAUAAUUUACUGCGCACCUAUUCACAGAGGAUGGGGGGGUCAAUACUACAUUUAAAAACCUCUUUGAUAUCCAGUCUUACAUUCGAUCAGGACAGACAGAACAGACAACAGUGACACCUGCAGUGACUUUGAAUUGUCCUGAACAGAUUUAAAUAAGCCGCUGCUUGUAUUUAUAGUUACAGUCAGAUACUGCAUGAGCCCAGAUUCUUGGUCAAGUUAGUAUAACCCAGUGCGACCUAUGAAAACUAUGAACCAAGAAAACUUGGAAGUUGCAUUAGAUUUUGGAACUAAAAACUAAACAUUCCAACUGCAAACUGAACAACGUUAUAUUUUCUAAAGACAUGAUAAUCCAUAUUGUUUAGUAAUUAUC